AUGAAGUUUGGAGAAACCCUCUACCAGAGGUCCGUGCCAAAGUGGGCAACCUACAAUGUCAAAUACAACGAGCUGAAGCACCUUAUCAAGCAGCGCACCUCGGCUGGCUCCUCUGCACCCAUAUCAAUUCCUACGGCGGGCACCAGUAGAUGGCAAGAUCUCGAGAACGAGCUACAUUCUAUCCUCAACAAAGAAUACCAAGAUGUCGCACUCUUUCUGCGCACUAAGCAGGGUGAGGUCGACAGGAGAUUGGCCUAUCUGGACAAGCAAGUCAGCUCAUCAUUGAAGGCGGUUGGCACCGCCGCCGCAGCUCGCCCCGUUACCCAAGCCCGCAAAUACCAGAAGCUAGUCAAAGAUGCUGAGGCCAUAGGCGAUGAAAUUGAAUCUCUCUCGCGCUUUGCUGCGGUGCAGAAGACGGCAUUUCGCAAGAUUCUCAAAAAAUACCGCAAAUGGACCGGCUCGACCGCUCUGCAGGAGCGCCUCGAGAGGGAUGUCUUCUCUUCUGGCGCGCUUCAGGUCGAUUAUGCUGUGUACCUGCAAUCUCUCUCCAAAUUGACAAACGCCAUUUCGUCACAGUUGCAGGUACCCAUGCUCACCGGCAACGAGUCUCCUUACCGGAGAAAAAACAAUGAGCGGAAUCUGAGCCAAUCGAACGCUCAAGUCUUGAACGAGCUAUGUGCCAAAGGAGCCCUGCACUUCGAUGCUGCUUUGGACGAGGUUCUUUACGGUGCCAGUGGGGGCAGCGCUCACUUCUGGAUCCAUCCCGAAUAUCUAGAGCAGGUUGAAGCACUCUUAUUGAGGCACAUGCGGCAGCAAGAUCAACGUCCAUCGUCUAGGGCUUCACCCAGUUCAAGCACCGAUGACCUCGCUGGGGGGCUCUCUUCGGUCGCCGACGAAACUCAUCAAGUCGUAUUCGACAAUCUUCAGCGAUUUCUACUUGAUGAGAGUGUAGCCAGGCCUUCGCGCGCCGCAGUAAUCGCUCGCUGGAAUGGUGACUCCGAUGCAGUCGUAACUCUGUCCAAUCUGGCUUGCAAGUCCGAUGCAAGUCUAACGCUGGCUUUGAAACGAAAGCAUAUGCAGAGCGUUCUAGAUCGCUCCUCAACCACGGACGGUAUCUCCUCAAUUCGUAGGGACGAAGCACAAAAAAUCAAAGAUUAUCUACUGGAGCAUCGAGAUGUGAAACCGUUGGCUGCGAUCCACUCAGGUCGUUCUCGAUUUCUGGGACUGAACAAUACCAAAGAUGUCGGCACUUGGGCCACCCUGGACAAUGCGAUUCGAUUCGCACCAGUCCUUGAGACGCAAUUAGGUGCUUCAAACACCCAGCUGGAGGCCACUGAGGCAUUUCCUCACGCGGUUCUGCACGUCAGGUGGGAGUUUACUAGGCUGCCAGAGAUCGUUCGCCUCCUGGAGACGUCCCACCUGGCAGAGCGUGUCCACGACUUUUCGCUAGAGCGCGCGACAAUUUUUACCAUCAACAAGGAACUCCAGCAGCCUGCUUGGCGAGGACUCCUUGCAAGCGAUAUACGCAAAGUCCCUGCGCUUGUAGCCAGAAAGGGCUCACUCAGGCCGAAAGGAAAAGAGACCAAGCCUGUCGUUGUGGUAAAUUCGUCUGGCCCUUCAUCGGCCGGUGGGGAUAGCGUCUUCUCUGCCACACAAGGCCAGUCGUCCGCUACCGAGUUGGAUAUUGGCGAGGAGACAAGCACGGGGUUCGAGGUUCCGGUGGUAGGGCGAAAGUUGAAUUCCGAACUGCCAGAGAAGCUCAAGCUGAAGAGUUCAAGAAAGCAGCGGGCCUCGGUACUCCCCCCGCCUGCCACUGAAACUGCUCCCGAUCGAUACUGGAACGAGUUUGACGACGGUGAUUCUGACGUUAACGUUGAAGAAAGGUACGCAAUCUACGUCGACCCCAACGAAGAAUCAUUCCCGGGAGCCGAAACCUUCUCCAAGGCAUUUGGAAGCAUGUACGACAGUUUGAGGAAAGGAAAGGACCGCGUUGUGUCCUGGUGGCCCAUGGCUUCGGCCGAUAGAAGCGAGAUCAGCGAACGUUCUCCGUUGCUGUUUGGCGCCAGCAGACAGGGCAGCAACGAUGCAGCUAUGGAAUCGUCCGGAUCCGAAACCGAAGACUAUAUGAGAUCGAAAUCAAGGCGACAGAGAAGGGGAGACACGUUUCGAUCACGCAGGGGUGGUGACAGACCGUUGUCAAAGCGGCAAAGGGCUUUGGAACGAACGCUGUUCCAGUUCUAUACAGGUCUGAUCGUUUUAGCGUACCUCUUACUAGUCAUGGCAAGUAUAUUGUUGGGCACCGGCAAGAAGAAAAGGAGGCUCGAGGUGGAUGCCGGCGUGGUGACUGGUGUGGUUGCGGCUGAGGCAUGCGUGGGCGUCAGCAUCGUGCUGAUCUCCAUGCGAAGGCAGAAGCUUGGACCUGUGCACUGGGGUCUGAUGGCGGUGAACGCGACGGUCAUAACCGUCGUAGGCAUUGCAGAGCUGGUGUUGAUGUUUGGCAAUACGGGUUGA